AUGCGGUGCUUCACGACCAAUUGGGACAAGCGUGGGUUCCUGCCCGACGAAGCCCGGCAUGAGGAACACUUGGUGGCGAUUGAGCGGAGGAUGUGGUUUGUUGAGGUCGGUUCUGAUCUUCGUAAGAACAGUGCUUCUUUGACCAGUUCCUCUUCGGCGGUGCUGCCACUGCCAGCUUCCGAUGAGAUGUUGCAGGUCCUCGCGGAGGAGUUGAAUGACUUGAAGCAACGACGGGCCGCGAUGCGCGCGGCCAACCGUGCAUUGGCAAAGCAGGAGAAGAAUAUGAAAAAACGACGUGGUGGAGCUGCAGUGGUCGCAGCUGGUGGUGGAGAUGGCGCGGAAAGUCUUCUGUGUGAAAAGAUCCCCGGAAUUGUGGCUGUCUAUGCGCGUGUCACUCUCGGAGGUGGUGGAGCUGCGGUGGUAGCAGCUGGUGGUGGAGAUGGCGCGGAAAGUCUUUUGCGUGAAAAGAUCCCCGGAAUUGUGGCUGUUUAUGCGCGUGUCACUUUCACAGGUCAUGGUGCUCCCCCUCCAAAUCUGCCAGCUGGCGCUGCAGCUGGCGUUGCAGGGGAAGGUCUAGACUGUUUGUUUGCUUUCUGCGUGUGUGGAGCUCUUGGCAGACCAGGUGCGAAUGAUGUGGAGGAGGCUGAUGCCAUUUCAUCUGAGAGUGAUCGCGGCGAAGGCGCGCGGGUGGAUGUGGUUUUGAGUGUGUUGCUCAUGGCCGAAGUUUGCUCUAAAUCAGUUCUCAUUGGAGGCGGUGCUGCUGAUGGUGAUGGUGAGGAAGACUAG